UUUGGCAGGGUGAUGCAGAGAGCUGAUGUUGCUUCGCCUCGGCCAUCCAGUACUAGUAGUUCUCAGAGUUUCCAAAGCUUUGCAUCUAGUGAGGACUAUCAGGAUCGUGGACCUCGACCAGGCCAGGAUAUCUGUAUUGGGGAAGAAGUAAAGAUAGCUAUUCAUUUGUCUAUUGAACGUUUCCGAAUGAAUGAAAGCCAAAAAGAGCUUGAAUUUCCAUCCUCACUGACAGCCACAGAAAGAGCCUACAUUCACAAACUAUGUGAAGGAAAUGGCUUGAAAUCAAGAAGUAAAGGGAAGGGAAGCGGACGGUUUCUUACUGUUACUAAAAAAGAAGGAUGUUUGUCUUCCCAGUCAUCAGCCUCUUUCUACUUAGCAAGAAACAGUCGUCAGCAAAUUCUGAAUCUUUUGCAAAGAUAUCCAGUCUCCAGUAAAGAACGUCAGGAGUUGAAACCAAGAGUUGAUAGGAACCAACCAAACGAUGUUUGUAAAGAACUGAACAAAACAACUAUUGGCAAACUCAAUAAUGGAGUUGCACAAGUGCCCCCUGCCCAUUGUGACUCCGAUCUGAAAUCGUUCCGGGAAGGAUUGCCUGUCUUCAAGCACAAACAGAAGAUUCUUGAUGCCCUCAAUAGUAACCGCAUUAUUUUGGUGUCUGGUGAGACUGGAUCAGGAAAGACUACACAGGUUCCACAGAUGAUACUGGAUACAUGCUGCGAAAAUAAGACACCUUGUAGAAUAUUCUGUACACAGCCGAGAAGGAUUGCUGCCCUCAGCAUUGCUGAAAGGGUGGCUUUAGAGAGAGGAGAGAAAAUUGGUCAGACAGUUGGUUAUCAAAUACGAUUGGAGAGCAAGGUGUCUCCAAAAACUUUACUUACAUUUUGCACAAAUGGAGUUCUUCUUCGUACUUUAAUGAAUGGGGAUGCAUCGUUCGCUGGUGUUACACAUGUGAUUGUGGAUGAAGUUCAUGAAAGAGACCGGUUUAGUGACUUUUUACUGGCUUCCAUGGAUGACCUGAUGACAAAACACCCUAACCUCAAAGUCAUUUUAAUGAGUGCAGCACUGAAUACACAACUUUUUGUUCAAUUUUUCAAUAACUGUCCUGUCGUCCAUAUCCCUGGCACUCUUUUCACUGUCAAAGAAUAUUUCUUGGAAGAUGUAUUAAAGUGGACAAAUUACAGCAACCAAGCCAUGGAAAAAGCAAAAAGAGAGAAGAGAAAUGUGAAAAAACAGGUAGAACAGUUGGAAGAGUGGUGUGCAAAGAUGAAUAUUGGAAAUUCAGAGGAGGAGGCGCAUUCCAACACGGCACUUAAUAGCACUAGUGAAGAUAAAGAAGAACUCCAGGACUGGAUCAUCAAAGACAUGGAUCAGUUCUUAACUGAUAUCUUCUUGAUGGGAAGUGAAGAGAAAUUCACCCAGAUGGUUCAUCUCAUUAUGAGUGAAAAUGUCAGUGUGGACUACCAGCAUUCUGAGACUGGUGUGACACCUUUGAUGGUGACCACUGCCAGAGGCAUGACUGAUGAAGUAGAACAGCUGCUGAACCUAGGAGCUAAUGUGAAUCUCCAUACACCUAAUGGUUGGACAGCCAUUGACUGGGCCAAGCACUUCCAGAGAGUAGACAUUCUAGAAAUGUUGGAGGCUUUGAUGUUAUCAGACGAUGUUGGACCUACUGGGGAUUCUGUGACAGAUAACCAGUUGUUGACAGAGGAAGAGAAGGACCUCCUGUCCCUCUACCAAAACUGUUUUGAUGAUGAGAAGGUGGAUAUUCAUCUCAUCCUCAGCCUCAUUUACCAACUCAUGAUAAACUACACAGAAGGUGCUAUAUUGGUCUUCCUACCUGGAUAUGAUGAUAUUGUUGGUUUGAGAGAUUUGAUUGCUGAAGACCCUUUCUUUCACAAGUACAAAUACUUGGUAUUUACUCUUCAUUCUGCAAUGCAGUCCAAUGAUCAAAGGAAGGUGUUUAAAACUCCACCUCCUGGAGUAAGAAAAAUUAUACUGGCUACCAAUAUUGCAGAGACAAGUAUCACCAUUGAUGAUGUUGUGUUUGUCAUUGAUUCUGGAAAAGUCAAAGAGAAAACAUUUGAUGCUUUAUUGUCUGUCACCAUGUUGAAAAGUAAUUGGAUAUCAAAGGCCAGUGCCCUACAGAGAAAGGGCAGAUCAGGAAGGUUGAGGCCAGGUCAUUGUUAUCACCUCUUCAGCAAGGUACGAUACUCCAACCUGAUGGACUUCCCAGCUCCAGAGAUUCUGCGAUACCCACUGCAGGAAUUGUGUCUCCAUACCAAGCUUCUUGCUCCAAAAACCUGUUCCAUCGCUGAUUUCCUGUCAAAGUGUCCAGAGCCCCCAACAUUCCUUCUCACUAGGAAUGCCAUACAUCUACUCAAGCAAAUUGAUGCCUUGGAUCCAUGUGAGGAUUUGACAGAGUUAGGACAUCACUUGGCAGACCUGCCUGUUGAGCCCAGCCUUGGGAAAAUGGUUCUAUACUCGGUUAUACUAAAGUGUCUUGACCCAGUACUCACAAUUGUGUGUACAUUGGCCUACAAAGAUCCAUUUGUAUUACCAAAUCAACCUAAUUUGAAGAGAGAAGCAAGUAUGUCACGACGUAAAUUUGCUGCUGACACAUACAGUGAUCACAUGGCUUUAUUGCGAGCUUUCCAGGCUUGGCAGCGAGCUAGGACUGAUGGUUGGGAGAAAAGCUUUUGUGAUAAGAAUUACCUUUCCUCUGCCUGUAUGGAGAUGAUUGUUGGCAUGAGAACACAGUUGCUUGGCCAGUUGAGGGCAUCAGGCUUUGUACGAGCUCGAGGUGGAGGAGACAUCAGGGACCUCAACACUAAUUCCGAGAACUGGGCUGUGGUGAAGGGUGCAUUGUGUGCAGGCAGCUACCCAAAUCUGCUCCGGGUCGACCGACAAAAGGCCAAGCUCACAACCCAGAAAGAAAGUAAUGUGUUCUUCCACAUGAGUUCUGUGGUAAGUCAAAUUCCGAGCUCAAAGAAAACCCAGAAAAGUCAGUUCAUCAAAAGCUUGCACUCUGAUUGGCUAUUCUACCAGGAGAUGACCCGAUUCCAACGACAUCCUAUGGUGAGGACGUGCACUGUGGUGUCUCCAAUUACUGUGGCUAUUUUUGCUGGACCUGCCAAGCUUUCACCAGAUGCUGUCAAGGACAGACAUUUGAACAGAAAUUUGGGGACGAGAGGAGAGUUUGGUAGUGAGGAAAGUGAUAGUGAAGGUGAGGAUCAGGAAGAUGAGAGGAAAACCACACUACAGCUGGACGAAUGGCUUGGCCUGAAACUGGACAAUGAGACGAUGAGCAUAGUGUUGCAGCUAAGACAGAAAUGGAACAGCUUGCUGCUACGAAGGAUGAAGUCUCCCUCCAAGACAUGGUCGCAGCUGGAUGAGUCUGUGGUGAGAACCAUUGUUAAUGUUUUAACAAAUGAAGAACAGACAAUGGGACUGCAGCAACCAGCCGGAAUUGGUCAGAGACCAAGACCUAUGACUGCUGAGUCUAUCAUGUCUGGAGGCAAUGGAAAAGGCAACUUUGACUUUGUUACUCCUCCACGCAAAAAUUUCCAGUUUCAACAUGGAAAUAGUGGUGUUGAGAAUACAUCGUCCAGCAGUUGUCCGUCCACCAACACCAGUCUGAAGGGUAGUCAGCCCAGCACACCUUCCAUGAGUCCAGGCCCAGCCUCCCCAAGGCUGAACCCCCAAACCCAGGUACCAGCCAGCUUCUGGAUCAUGAAAUGUACUAAUCAAAACAAACUAGACAUUUCCAUGAACAAGGCAAUGUGGACUACAAAUAUCUCUAGCCAGAAGAAAGUUAAUAGUGUGUUUCAGGAAGGGAAAACCGUUUACCUGAUUUUCUCUGUACAAGGAAGUGGCCAUUUCCAGGGUUAUGCUAAAAUGAAGUCAAAGCUUGUAUAUAAAAAGUGCCAGGACUCUGGCCAUCAUGGAUCUGACUAUACCUGUGAUAUUGAGUGGAUAAAAAGAGCAAACUUGCCAUUUCAAAGUUGUCACCAGUUGCUGAAUCCAUGGGAUGAAAACAGAAGAGUACAGAAUAGUAAAGAUGGUCAGGAGAUUGAGCCACAUGUUGGAGAAGCUCUGAUUAAACUGUGGGAUAAAUCGUGUGGACCUCAGGGGAAAUCCUCCCCUUUAGUCAGUAACAAGCCUCAGUACGUAGGUAAAAAAGAAACAGCCAUUUCACCAGAGAGUUUGGGUAGCUACCAGUUCAUAGGAAGUGAUCGCAAUGAUUAUCAUUGUCACUACAGACAGGCACAAUAUCAGGACCAGGGAACCUACACAGGAUAUCACAUCAAUGAAGGGUCACACAAAGAUUAUAAAGGUCAAAGGGGAAAAUCCUCAGGGAAACCUUCAAUUAAUCCAGGAAAUUCUUUUGACACCUACAGUGUGCACCAAAGUGGUGGGUACCAAGAUGGUGGGGUAAGGCCCGGCACUGACUACGGAUCAUAUAACUAUCAUCACAGGGGUCAGAGUUCAGUUCAUCAUCACGGAGAUCACCGGAAAGGAAAUCACAGCCGAUCUGGGAAUAGGAGAUAGUUUGAUUACGAUUCCUGAACAUGUUAAUAGAACUUUAUUGUGUUCUCUUUCUAAGCAGCAGUGCAGUUUAACAUAGCCAUAUCUCUAUUUUCAUAUAUGUUUUCUCAUAGGACUUGCACUGCAAGAGCCAUUUGAUGAUAUAUCAGAUCAACAGCAUACGAUGAAGUUCUCAAGAUUAUUCAUAGUCACAAAUUUACAUCUGUAUGAAUAAAAAGCUCUAUGGCCUAAGAAUGUAGUGAAAGGAAAAAUAAAUAUCAAGUUAGUUACAAUCAAUGACCUUGAAUGUCUGAUUUGUUAACAAUUUGAAAAAUAAUGUUCUAAAUAUUUUCCACUGUUAGCUUUUUCCAUUAUAUCUGCAGACUUUGAAGGUCUUAGAUAAGUCGUAGAGGAGUGUUCGUGAAUGACAGUUUAUACACGGCAGGAUUUCAUAUUGAAUCACAUCAGGUGUUUUUAAAUCCCUUUCUGCCUGUGGUCCGUCCAUCAGUCUGUCUUUUGCAUCUUCUCAAAAACUACCUUAGGGAUCUGUUUGAUACAUCAGUAAUGUAUGCCACAUGGCACCAUACUUGGAGCAUGAUUUCAUGUUCACGAUUGCUACCAGCCAUAAUUUUGAUUUUGGCUUUUAAAGUUUGUUUCUGCUAUUUCUCAAAACCUGAAGAGAUUUUUUGUUCUAUCUAGUUUAGGCAGUAGUUGAGCAUGUUAACAUUGUGACUCAGAAUAGUUGCUCAGAAUGGCUAUUAUCACUAUUUCAGAACUGAUCUUUUUGGAAACUUUUUGUUAUAUCUAAUAUUGGUCCUAGUUUUACAAGAUCUGUUAUGAGUAAGAUCAGCAUGUAAUAUGUCCAGUAUUGGUCCUAGUUUUACAAGAUCUGUUAUGAGUAAGAUCAGCAUGUAAUAUGUCCAGUAUUGGUCCUAGUUUUACAAGAUCUGUUAUGAGUAAGAUCAGCAUGUAAUAUGUCCAGUAUUGGUCCUAGUUUUACAAGAUCUGUUAUGAGUAAGAUCAGCAUGUAAUAUGUCCAGUAUUGGUCCUAGUUUUACAAGAUCUGUUAUGAGUAAGAUCAGCAUGUAAUAUGUCCAGUAUUGGUCCUAGUUUUACAAGAUCUGUUAUGAGUAAGAUCAGCAUGUAAUAUGUCCAGUAUUGGUCCUAGUUUUACAAGAUCUGUUAUGAGUAAGAUCAGCAUGUAAUAUGUCCAGUAUUGGUCCUAGUUUUACAAGAUCUGUUAUGAGUAAGAUCAGCAUGUAAUAUGUCCAGUAUUGGUCCUAGUUUUACAAGAUCUGUUAUGAGUAAGAUCAGCAUGUAAUAUGUCCAGUAUUGGUCCUAGUUUUACAAGAUCUGUUAUGAGUAAGAUCAGCAUGUAAUAUGUCCAGUAUUGGUCCUAGUUUUACAAGAUCUGUUAUGAGUAAGAUCAGCAUUUUAAGAAAGCUGUCGGAGGCUAUGAGUCAAUACUAUUGAUACAGUGUAACUAAGAGAAAGAAAAAAAAACAAAAAUAGAACUGAUUAAAAUCAUAUGUAUCUUCUGUUGAGUUGAAUCAUCAGUUUUGAUAGUUGGCUUUACUGUAUUUAAAGAUAUUAUGAAGAUAUUAUUUCAGAGUGCACACAAAAAUGCUGCAUUAAAAGAGAUAUUGACUUAAUGCAGGAAUCUAUAAAAAAUAAAAGUUUGUUUUGUUUGUUUGUUUGUUUUGUGACAUAAUUUCAUGGUAAUUGUUGUAAAUGCAUAGUGUAUAAAAUUAUUUGAUUAAAAAGUGAUGCACUAGGACAAUAAAUUUAGUGAUAAGAAUGCCAAAAUAAUGACAAAAGUAGUGAGGCAGCUUAUGAUCUGUUGGUGGAGGAUACACUAGUGGUAAUUGUUUACUUUAUAAAAACAGGAUGAAAAGUUUCUUUUUAGUUUUUUAGCUCACCUGGGCAGACUGGACCAAGUGAGACUAUGCCAUGAUGUAACUGCUGUUGUUCAUCUGACAUAAACUUUUUCUUUUCUUCAUUACCAAACAGUCUGAUAUAGGGAUGAAGACUGAAAAAGUUUGCGAAAAGAAAUUACCAUGGCACAUAUUCAAAGUCAUAGAGAUCAAAUUUGUUGACCUUCAAACAAGUUCUGAUUUAUCAGUGGCCUGUUGUCAUGAUAUUCAGCUAAUGCAUGUGCAUUGAUAUUACUUGGAUGAAGCUCUAUAAGUUCUUAAAAGUUCUGAUUUAUCAGUGGCCUGUUGUCAUGAUAUUCAGCUAAUGCAUGUGCAUUGAUAUUACUUGGAUGAAGCUCUAUAAGUUCUUAAAAUCAAGGUCACAAGGGUUAAAUUUGUUUAAACCUAAACCUUUAAAUGACUUUCUCUGCAUUGAGAAGCUGAGACUUUGAAUGUUAGGAAAAGUUAAUGUAUCUGUGAAAAGCAGGUACGUUACUAUGUCCCCUUUGGUAUUCUUUACACGAUCGGGUGAUGGCUACAGCAUUAGCAAAAAUUGAAAUUGCUUUGUCUUUUUGGUUGAAACGUGGAAUUUUACCUUCAAAUGGCAAUAUUGUUCUGAGUGAAUAUCACACGUAUCUGUUCAAAAAGAUAAAGCGAUACUAAGUAUGGAAGGGAAUUGCCAAGAAGGUCUCAUACUCUGUUAAAGGAACUAUCAUACAAGUAAUUUAUUAUCAGGGGACAGGAAAUAUUUAACUAGUUGUUUUCUGUAUAGCUUUUUUUACUUGUGUUCAUACACAGUCCUGUAAGACCAUGACAAAUAAAAAAGAAUGUUUAUUAUUUUAUUGAAUCCAUGAGUGCAUCUUAUCUCAAGAAAAGAAAAAAAGAUAAUCAAAAAAUCAUUUUUGUGAGUUCUUGGCUUACUGAAGGGCUAAGUGAACUUAUGGCGUUCAUCGUCUGUUUUUUUCUGCAAAUCACUACAAGUCCUAGUCAUCUGUGGAAAUUUUACAAAAUUUGGUCUAAUGCAGAGAAUAAGAAAAGCAGGACAGGACCCAAUAGGAGAAAUUCAGCUUACUCUUAAAUCAUUCUUCUUAUAGCAAUUGAGUCAGAAUAAUCCUGUGACAAGGAAUCAAUCUUGUAUAAAUGGUGGGUCUUGACCUCCCUGGAGGCAGUGAGGUGGUCCAAAAGUGAAAUAUUUUAAGGUAUGUCUUCAUCGUUGAUUAUGACAUCAACCAGGUUACUAAUUUGCACAGGUUUAAGGAUUGUUAUGUAUGUAUAAAAGUUUUAACAAUCAAAUCAGUGUACUGUGUUUUGUUGUAAAAGUUUUAACAAUCAAAUCAGUGUACUGUGUUUUGUUGUAAAAGUUUUAACAAUCAAAUCAGUGUACUGUGUUUUGUUGUAUAAGUUUUAACAAUCAAAUCAGUGUUCUGUGUUUUGUUGUAAAAGUUUUAACAAUCAAAUCAGUGUACUGUGUUUUGUUGUAAAAGUUUUAACAAUCAAAUCAGUGUACUGUGUUUUGUUGUAAAAGUUUUAACAAUCAAAUCAGUGUACUGUGUUUUGUUGUAAAAGUUUUAACAAUCAAAUCAGUGUUCUGUGUUUUGUUGUAAAAGUUUUAACAAUCAAAUCAGUGUACUGUGUUUUGUUGUAAAAGUUUUAACAA